CUAUGUGGCAGAGCCAGCAUUCCUUCCAGACCCCAAUGAUGGCAGCCUGUACAUCCUGGGAGGAAAGAACAAAGAAGGCUUGAUGAAGCUGCCGUUCACCAUCCCAGAGCUGGUGCAGUCCUCGCCGUGCCGCGGCUCGGACGGAGUGCUGUACACCGGGAAGAAGCAGGACACGUGGUUCAUUGUGGACCCCAAGUCAGGGCAGAAGCAGACCACCCUCUCAGCAGAGGCCUGGGAUGAUCUGUGCCCAUCCAGCCCCUUGCUCUACAUCGCACGGACCCAGUACAUCAUCACCAUGUAUGACACCAAGUCACGGGAGCUGCGCUGGAAUGCCACCUUCUCCGAGUACUCGGCCCCGCUCUGCGAGGAGUCCUACCACUACAAAAUGGCACACUUGGCCUCCAGCGGGGACGGGCUGGUGGUGACCCUGGACAAGGAGAGCGGGGAGGUCCUGUGGGCACAGAACUAUGGCUCACCUGUGGUUGGCAUCUACCUGUGGCACCAGGACAGCCUGCGCCGCCUCCCCCACCUCAACCUGGCCAUGGAGACCCUGCGCUAUCUGACUUUCCAGUCACAGGACAUCCACGUCCUCAAGUGGAGCUACCAGUCCGUCAAGGACUUCGCCUCCACCAAGACCCAGCUGCUGCCGGCGCUCUACGUGGGAAAGCACGCGACCAGUUUCUACGCCGUGACCUCCCUGGUGCACGGCAGCGUGGCGCUGGUGCCCCAGGGCAUCACGCUGGCCAGGAUCGACGGCCCCACCACGGACGACGUGACCAUGAGGGAGUCCGGGGAGUGCGAGAUCAUGCCCAGCACGGACGUCAAGUACCCGCAGGGCAGCAUCAGCUCACUUCCCAACCAGUGGCUCCUCAUAGGGCACCAUGAGCUGCCUCCUUUGGUUCACACCACGAUGCUGCGAGCCUUUCCAGAGAACCUGAGGAAAACCACGGAAACCAUCAUCCCCAGGGCUCGUCCCUCCAGGACCGUGUUCGACGAUUUCCUGGCCCCGAGCAGCCCAGAGGAGCCAGCUGUGCGCAGCGAGGGGCAGCUCCAGCCAGACCCCACGCCGGGGGAGCAGGUGGAGGUGUACCCCGAGUCUGGCACCUGGGACCUGGUGAUGGCUGGCGUCGGCACGGCUCUGCUGGGCGGGGGAGUCCUGGUCCUGCUGCUCACGAAACUGCAGCGGCAGCACGUGGCCCAGCAGCAGCAGCUGGAGGAGCAGAUACAGCUCCUGCAGCAGCAGCAGGAGAUGCUGCUCUCGGGCCGAGUCUCCAGGGAGGGCAUCCCUGAGGAGCCCAGGGAGCUGGAGCUGAGCCAGGGAAGUGCAUCAGAGCUCUGCCAGAGCUCCAGCCCCUCCGCCUGCCUGAAGGACCCUGCUAACGGGACAGUCAGCCCAGAGCCAGCUGUCCCAGUGGCUGCUGAAGAUGCAGAACCAGACCUGGUUGUAGUUGGGAAAGUUUCGUUUAACCCCAAGGACGUGCUGGGCCAUGGAGCUGGAGGAACCUUUGUCUUCAGGGGGCAGUUCGAGGGCCGCCGUGUGGCUGUCAAGCGUCUCCUGCCCGAGUGUGUCCACCUGCUGGACCGCGAGGUGCAGCUGCUCCGGGAGUCGGACGAGCACCCCCACGUCGUCCGCUACUUCUGCACGGAGAGGGACCGGCAGUUCCACUACAUCGCCAUCGAGCUGUGCUCCGCCACGCUGCAGGAGUACGUGGAGAGCCCCAGCUUUGAGCGCCGUGGGCUGGACCCGGUGUCUGUGCUGCGUCAGACUAUGUCCGGGCUGGCCCACCUCCACUCCCUCAGCAUCGUGCACCGUGACCUGAAGCCCUGUAACAUCCUCAUCUCGGUCCCGAAUCGCCACGGGCAGAUCCGUGCCGUCAUCUCCGACUUCGGCCUUUGCAAGAAGCUUCAGGGGGGACGACAGAGCUUCAGCCUCCGCUCCGGGAUCCCUGGCACCGAGGGCUGGAUCGCGCCCGAGGUGCUGCAGGAGGCCCCGAAGGAGAACCCUACCAGUGCUGUGGACAUCUUCUCAGCCGGGUGCAUCUUCUACUACGUGGUGUCGGGGGGACAGCACCCCUUUGGGGACAGCCUGCGGCGCCAGGCCAACAUCCUGGCGGGCUCCUACCAGCUGAGCUGCCUGCAGGAGGAGGCUCACGACAAACUCGUUGCGAGGGAGCUGAUUGUGGCGAUGAUCAGCUCCGAGCCCCAGCGCCGGCCCUCGGCCCCUCUGGUCCUUGUGCAUCCCUUUUUCUGGAGUCAGGAGAAGCAGCUGCAGUUCUUCCAGGACGUCAGUGACCGUGUGGAGAAGGAGCCAGCCGAGGGACCCAUCGUCUCAGCCCUGGAGUCGGGGGGACGGGCAGUGGUGAGGACCAACUGGAGGAUGCACAUCUCCCUGCCGCUGCAGAUGGACCUGAGGAAGUUCCGCACCUACAAGGGGGGGUCAGUGCGUGACCUGCUGCGGGCCAUGAGGAACAAGAAGCACCACUACCACGAGCUGCCGGCCGAUGUGCGGGUGGCCCUGGGCUCUGUCCCCGAGGGCUUCGUGCAGUACUUCACCUCGCGCUUCCCGCGGCUGCUGCUGCACACGCACGGGGCCAUGCGCGUCUGUGCCCACGAGCGCACCUUCCACGCCUACUACUGCCAGGGCCUGAGGGGCGACGGCGCCUGAGGGCCACGGGUCCUGCCCGAGGGCCACGGGUCCUGUGCAAGGGCCACGGGUCCUUCCUGAGGGCCACGGGUCCUGCCCGAAGGCCACGGGUCCUGUGCAAGGCCCACAGGUCCUGCCUGAGGGCCAUGGGUCCUGUGCAAGGGCCACGGGUCCUUCCUGAGGGCCACGGGUCCUGCCCGAGGGCCACAGCCGCUGUCCCCGGCCAGGCCCUCUCUCAUCGGUGUCCUGCUGCCAGGCCAGGCCGGGGCUUCGCAGGCCGGGCACGGGGCAGCAGAGCUGGGCACACCUGGGGACCCUCUGGGCAACCACCUUAGCGAACACUCACAGUCAGACUCAGGUGUGAAGGCAUUUGGGUCAGAAAACAAAGACGUCUCGGGUGGGCGCAGUGCUUGGAGAAGAGGAAAACACAUUGUGUUUUCACAGCGACAGCCAGAGCAGGGCCCUGGCGCAGCUGCCCGGCUGCCAUCGCUCCUGGGGGACAUUCACCAGGGACACAAAGCUUUGUCCCGCGGGUUCUCUCCUGUGCCAGGGGACGCAGCUCCUGGAGCUGUGCCCAGGACCAGGCCCCCAGGCCUGACACUGGAGCUGUGGCUGGGCCCGAGCAGCCGCCCUGGGGCUGGGACCUGCCCCACCAUGAAAGCGUGCAUCUCAGCUGGGCUCAGAACAGGGUUUCUGAGGGCUCCCAGCAGCCUGUACCUGCGCCAGGCCUGGUGGCACAGCAGUCCAGGAACAGUUGUCUCUGGGCACAAAGGAGGGAUUUCCUCUCUACUGGGAUCCUUCCCUCAAAGACAGGCCUAUGCCUGCAGCUCCCCCAGCCUCUCCUGCUGCGCAGGGCAGGUAUCCCAUGGGUGCUGUGGUUCGUGGCAUCCCCGUGGGCAUGUGUUCCCUGUGAGCCAGCCUCCAGCACCAGAGCUGAGCCCAUGGGCACAGUUCCUCUGUGGAACAGCAAAUCAUUUUGUACAGUCCGAUUCCUGUGUGUGCUGGGGUGUGGGAUUUUGUUACACAGGUAACAGGGUUUGUACCAGGUUUCUUUUCAGAAUAUAUUUAUACAAGAUGUUAUAAAAAUUAAAAAAUAAAAACUAAAAAGCUUCUUCUGCUUAAAAACAAA